AUGUCCCGCAAGUUGAUUGCCGCCCUUGCCUUCGCCCCGGCCGUCGUGGCCAACAGCUGCCCCAGCUCCUCAGCAUUGGUGCAUGCCAGCUGCCAGGUCAAGGUGACUGCGGAUGCAACCUGCUCCGAGGUGAUGUCUGAGAUGAAGGCUCGUGUUGAAGGGAUCAGCACUGGUGCCUGGCACGAUCCGCACAACAACGGAGUCUACUCGCUCCUGAGCCAGAGCGAUGGAGACUUGGACUUUCAGCGUGUGACCGGGAACAAGAAGUAUACAGACCUUCUGAAGUUCACCUUCGAGGAUGCUGCGGACAACACCUGCAACAUCCAAGGGUGCAGUGCGAGCCAGGUGACCAGCGUCGCUGACUUCUCCACCAACUACUGCAAUUUGCGCAUGCUCUACUGCGGCGCGAAUGAGGGGUGCAAGCCUGUGCAGAAAGACUUCGCAAUUACAGAGACCGCGGUGGAUCCUUCAUUUGGAGCAGGGAAGGAUGCUUCGCAGUGCCUGAAGACUGCCAGCCUGACGUUCCUUUCCCCGCAGACGCCAGCAGACGGGGCCGCGCAAUGCCCGCCUGCUGGCUUUGACACGGUGAAGGAUUUCGACCUUAAGUCCUUCAUCGCCAAGCGAUGGUACAUCCAGCAGCAGAUGGCCAUUAAGUACCUCCCUGCAUCUCAGAACCGCUGCGUGUACGCCGAGUACAAGCUCAAGGAGAAGCCCAGCACCUUUGGCUACGAUGUGAGUGUGCACAACCACGCAGAGCUCGUGGAGCCCCCGCACACCCCCUACGACUCCGGCGACAAAAUCUGCGCCAAGAUUGUGGACAAGGCCCGUGGCAAGCUUGAGGUCGCUCCAUGCUUCCUGCCUACCUUCGCGGCGGGGCCGUACUGGGUGAUUGACUACGACGAGGCGGCAGGCUACGCCUUGAUCUCCGGCGGGGCCCCGACCAUCGCAGCCGAGAAGGGCUGCAAGACGGGGACAGACACCAACGACUCGGGUCUCUGGAUCUUCACGCGUGCACAGAAGCGGGAUGAGGAGUUGGUCCAGAAGGUGAGGGCCAUUGCCUCCAGCAAGGGCUUCGACCUUUCUGUCCUGAACGACGUGGACCAGAGCGACUGCGGAAAUCUGACGCAGAUUGUUGUCUGA